GGGCUGUGCGCAGUAUAUUCCUGCUCAUAGGGUACUAAUGUCCAUGUAGAGUAACUGCCCCUCCCAACCGAAGCUCAGGAAAACAUCUCAACCCUCCGUCCUUCUGGGAGGAAAACAUGGUGAACUGUGAGGACGCACACAGCACGUCUUCUUGACACACGCGUGAGAAGUGUUUAGGAUGCUGCCGUGACUCCACACGCAUCCAGGGAGCAUCAGCAUCAGUAUCAUCCCUCCUCCGGUCCGGUUCUGCUGUCAUCGCAGCGCGGAUGGUGGGAAAGGACCCUUCCAAAGGAAAACGGACGAAAGAAAGAUGAAAUGUUUCUCCCGGUACCUGCCUUACCUCUUCCGACCCCCGAGCACCCUGCUCUCCUCGAGCUGUCACACGGAAGCUGACAUCAUCUCUACUGUGGAGUUCAACUCUACUGGAGAGCUCUUGGCCACGGGAGACAAGGGAGGAAGAGUUGUGGUUUUCCAAAGGGAGCAAGAGAGCAAGAACCAGCCUCACAGACGUGGGGAGUAUAAUGUUUACAGCACGUUUCAGAGUCACGAGCCGGAGUUUGACUACCUGAAGAGUUUAGAGAUCGAGGAGAAGAUCAAUAAGAUACGCUGGCUGCCUCAGCAGAACGCUGCCUACUUCCUGCUCUCCACCAAUGAUAAAACUGUGAAACUGUGGAAGAUCAGUGAGAGGGAUAAGAGACCGGAGGGAUAUAACCUAAAGGAUGAAGAUGGAAGAAUCAGAGACCCGUCCACCAUCACCUCAUUACGGGUGCCAGUACUGCAGCCCAUGGACCUCAUGGUUGAGGCCAUGCCUCGGAGAGUGUUUUCCAAUGCACACACGUACCACAUCAACUCCAUCUCUGUCAACAGUGACUACGAGACCUUCAUGUCCACCGAUGACUUAAGGAUCAACCUGUGGAACCUGGAGAUCACAAACAGAAGCUUCAACAUUGUAGACAUUAAGCCAGCAAACAUGGAGGAGUUGACGGAGGUGAUAACGGCAGCAGAGUUUCACCCACACCAGUGCAACACCUUCGUCUACAGUAGCAGUAAAGGCUCCAUACGUCUGUGUGACAUGAGGGCAUCAGCGCUCUGUGACAACCACUCGAAAUUUUUUGAGGAGCCAGAAGACCCAAGCAAUCGUUCCUUUUUCUCCGAAAUCAUCUCCUCCAUCUCGGACGUUAAAUUUAGCCACAGUGGGCGGUACCUGAUGACACGUGACUACCUGACUGUAAAGGUCUGGGAUCUGAACAUGGAGAGCAAACCACUGGAAACCUAUCAGGUACAUGAUUACCUAAGAAGUAAGCUCUGCUCGCUGUAUGAGAAUGACUGCAUCUUCGACAAAUUUGAAUGUGUUUGGAAUGGAUCAGACAGCGUGAUAAUGACUGGUUCCUACAACAACUUCUUCCGAAUGUUCGACCGAAAUACGAAGCGUGAUGUGACACUAGAGGCGUCCCGAGAGAACAGCAAGCCUCGGGCAAUCCUGAAACCUCGUAAGGUGUGUGUGGGCGGAAAGCGCCGCAAAGAUGAAAUCAGUGUGGACAGCCUGGACUUCAGCAAGAAAAUUCUCCACACCGCCUGGCAUCCUUAUGAGAACAUCAUCGCUGUGGCGGCCACCAAUAACCUUUACAUAUUCCAGGAUAAGGUCAACUAGCACAACUGUACCACCUCCACAUGUUCCUGAAAAGAGAGAGAAAGAGGGAAAAAGCUGUAGCCCAGCAGGAUAUUGCAGGGUGUGUUUUGUGAUGAGAAACAUGACAUUACCUAUGAUGUGGGGAGAAGUAUGAACAGAUGAUGCUGGAUAAGAAGGCCAUGUUGUGCAAGGAUGCUGCCAGACUUUCACGAACAAGAAGCAUCCUGCCCUGCACAGUCAUUCUUCCGCUAUUUAAGUAUCUGCAUUUCCUCUUCCAUGAACUCUUGUUUAUUUAUCGUAUUUAUUCAUUUCUCUGCUGGAAGGAAAUAUCUGACACGUCCUAAAUCUGGACAAAUGUGCAUUUUCAUUGCAAUGAUAUGAAGAAUCUUUAAUAAGGCAAAAACAAACCGUGAAUAAGAUGGGCCGCCGCUG